UGUCAGUCCAGCUGGGGCAAGGCUAGUGCGUGCGGAGAAAUGGGCUCCUGUUUCCCGAGGGGCGGGGUGGCGCCCCUCACUUCGGGCUGAGGGAGGAGGCAUGGGGAAUCUGGCCACAGGCAUGAGGGGUCCCCGGCAGAGAUGAUACUGCUGGCGCCAGCCUGGAGCGCAACACCAGAGCCCCACGGACGAGGUCCCAACGCUGAGACCCCGCUGCUGCUGCUGCUGCUGCUGAGCCCCGGCCUUCGCGGGACCCCGGAUUGCUCUUUCCAGUACAACCCCAUCUCCUCCACCUUCACGGCCACCAUCAGCAAGCUGGCUGACUACCUGCUCCAGGACUACCCGGUCACAGUCGCCUCCAACCUGCAGGACGACGAGGUCUGCGGGGCCUUCUGGAGGCUGGUCCUGGCCCAGCGCUGGAUGGGGCGCCUUAAGUCUGUGGCGGGGGCCCACAUGCAAGAACUUCUGGAGGCGGUCAACACCGAGAUCCAUUUUGUCACCUCAUGUGCCUUCCAGCCCCUCCCCAGCUGUCUUCGCCUCGUCCAGACCAACAUCUCCCACCUCCUGCAGGACACAUCCGAGCAGCUGGGGGCCCUGAAGCCCUGGAUCACCCAGCGGAACUUCUCCAGGUGCCUGGAGCUGCAGUGUCAGCCGGACUCUUCCACUCUGUUGCCCCUGAGGACCCCGAGGGCCCUGGAGGCCACCCCACUGCCAGCCCCCGCACCCCCUCUGCUGCUGCUGCUGCUCCUGCUGCCCGGGGCCCUCACGUUGCUGGUGGCCGCCUGGUGUCUACACUGGCGAAGGAGGGGGUGGAGGACUCGGAGGACGCCCCGCCCCGGAGAGCUGGUACCCCCCAAUUCCAGUCCUCAGGAGGUACUGCCCCUGCGGCCCCCGGAAUCCUGACUUAUUGGGGAGUCUCGGAUAACCUAGUGAAUCAGAGGCAUCACUUGUCCCGAUUUGCAAAGGACAUCAAAGCCCGGAGAAGCAUAUCGCCGACCUGGAGGGAAGUCAGCUGGCUGCUGCCUCUUGUCUGGUUUUGCUGUCCCCUUUCGCUCAGGACCAUGGCAAUGCCAGGACAAGGCCUCACCUGCCUCCCUCUGU